AUGAAGCUGCGGGUCGUCGGCAGGAAGCUGUACGACUACGUGCGGUACGAUCUCAAGGAAAUCGCCUUCCCUUCCUCGCUGCCGGACCCCCCCCACAUCCGCAAGCGGAAGAAGCUGACUUGGAAGGAGCGAUACUAUGUGUGCCUCCUGACUUUUUUAUUCCAUUCAACCAUCAUUUCUCGUCUGCAUCGUUGAUCAUUCGUAGGUAUGAGGUCUACGGAGUGGGGUGAUCUUACCCUCCUUGUUGUAGGUUCUGAGGGAAGCGUCGAGGCUGUAUGCUGCCAGCUGGGUUCGGGACAUUGGCCCUGACCUUCGCCCUAACGACUACAAGCGGAAGGUAGGUGAUGGCGAAAGGAAGCCCCGAGAAGAGAAGGGCACGACGACUGGCGGCGGAGAAACCUCCACCUUGGAGGACCUUGGUGAGCAGCUGGGGUACCUGUAGAUGUUCUUAUGACGUCGUUAAUGUCGGUGUUCUGAAAUGCGCCGUCGUUUUUCGGCAGCGGUGGCGGCAAGGGGCGGGUUGGAGACCUUGAGGCCGGCCCUGCAGCGGCUGUAUAUGAUGCGGGCGUCGGCGUAUAAGGAUGCCCUUAAGAGCUUCAUCCAGGGGUACCAGGAGGGGGUACAACAGGUCCGGGAGAAGAGGGCGGACACAGGGCCCCCGCAGCAGGGCGAGGCUUCCGGGAAGUCAACGGGGUCGCCGUCUUGA